GGUCACCGUUUUCAAAAUGGAGGAGUUUGAUUUAUGUAGCAACCGCGUAACAAUUACAAUAUCAAACCAUCAUUGAUAGGUUAGGGUGUUGGGAAAUUGUGUAAAGUGAAAUGGCGAGGUGGUAAACUGCGAGAAGAAAAUGCAAGACAUACCUGCGGAAUCACGGAACUAAAAUUGGUGCUUUUGAUAGAACCAGUAUCUACAAUGAGUUGCUCAACAUCAUCUGAAGCUGACAGAUUGGUAGACAGAAGCAGACUAAACUACUGGGUCCAGCACAUUGCCAAGAUAAUGAAUAAAAACCAAAGGAAAGUUGGUCUUGAAGAUGUCCAUCAGAUACGUUUUGCCAGCCUCAAGUUGUUGCAGUGUCUUCAGCAGCUAGACAAACCUAGUAAAGAUGCUUUUGUAAAGAAUGUUGUAGCAGUGGAUACAUUGAUUUCUGUUUUACAGGCUGUAACAUGUGAACAGACCCUGUCUAACAUGGUCAGCAUCUUCAUAGAUAUUGCUGGUAAACAGCCAUCCAACAGACGCAUCUCAGUGCUGGUCAGCCAUGGAUUGACCACAGUUUUAUUUCAGAUCUUAAAGUUAGCUCACACCAAUGAUCUACUCAUUUCUGAUGAUUUGCUCAUUGACAUUCAUGUCCUACUCAGUAGGAUAGGCCACAAAGAUCGCAAGUUUGCAGUGAAGGCGCGUCUUCACCAGAGCUUGAUGUUGACAUUAAACUUGGUCAAGUCGCAUUCUCACAACUUUAGAAAUCUACAGGCACUUCUUCAAGUCUUAAAACUCUACACCAACAAUAGUGUCAAUGCAUCUUACCUUGGGAAACACAAUGCAGUCAACUGUAUGCUGAAAAUUUUGAGCCUGUGUGGGAAGAGACACACAGUGGACCUAAAGCUGGCCCUGGAGAAUUUGUUUCACUUGACCAAGUCCAAAAGCAAUGCAGCAAGACUGAUUAGUGUGGAGGGAAUAGCUCAACUUCUUGAGCUCCAUUCAGACUGGCAGCAGUUGGACAGCAAGUUGAGGAACCUGGCCAUCCGACGCAGUAUCCUUCUCAUCCUUAAAAACAUCACCAAUCUAAGAGCUGGGCGUAAAGCGUUUGUUGAAGCCAAUGGUAUUCGUGUUUUGUAUGAGAGUGCUCUGGAGGCCAGCGACUGCCGUGACAUGGAGGGUCUGAUACUCCUGGCUAGCAUCAUACUCCGCAAAUGUUGCCCCAAGAACAGAUUACCUUUGGAGUCCUCAUUUAGUCCUGUUGUCUUUUCAUUGCCUCCAUCUGCAGUGCACACACCAGAAUGUUUUCAGCUACCAGAUUAUCCUGGCCAUUGUAAAGGGCAAGCUUCUUCUAUAGCUUCAGCAGGACACACAUCUUUGCUGACCUCUGACCCCACCUCACCAGAAGAAUUAUCAUCUACUAAUGAGAGAUAUUUGUCUCAUAAAUUUGAACAGUUUUGUGGUGCUUUUUACAGUUUAAUGGCUCCAGCAUCUUCCAACCCAUCCCAAAAUAAAUCCUAUGGUGAAAUUGGAGAGAGCUCAGGUGAAGAAGAUGAUGAUGACAUAGACAGUGAUGAUGAAAGAUUUAGAACAGACCCUGAAGAGACAGAUGAUGAAGUACCAGAUCCAAGAGAAACAAGAACGUUUGAAGACUUACGCAUGUAUGAUCAGUUUUUCCCUGAACUUCUACAUUUGGAGCCUCCCCCUCCCAAAGUGGUGCCCCUGGCCCUGCCUGUCCUACAGAGAUCUCAGUCUGGUCUUGUGGGCCACCCCAGCCCUGGCUUGACCCCCAUGAAACAUGUUUGCUCUGAUGCCAGUCUCUAUGUCAAGCAAAAAGGUCUCUCUAGAUAUUUACAACAACAUCUUUCAUUUGACAGAGGUAGUGUCAGUGCUAUCAAUGUAAAAACAGGAGCUUGUGUCAUUUCACUGGAUACCGGACUCUCCCCAAGCAGGCAACAGUCUAAAGGGAAAAAAAAAUGUUCACGCCACAAUAUCAAAGCAACCCUUGGGUUAGUUGAUGUGACUGACGGUUCAUCUCUUCUCAGAUCUUCAUCCCAAGAUAUACCUGCACCGAGUCUGGAGGAUGAGAUGGCAGAAGAACUGUUGAGCCACGAUGCAGAUCUCUACAGCCAGAUAGCUGCUGACACGCACAGUGUCCUCAAGUUUCAGAAGCUGGCAUUCCCAGAUUUAUAUGGGGUUAAAGGUCACUACAAGUUGAUGGAGCCAUUAGCUAGUCGUAGAUUUGGAGUUCAAAGGUCCAAGAUCUUUGAAGACAUUGAUCGCAUGAUCCACGCGGACCAGCUGCUUGACCGUGUGGUGUAUGACCUGGACAAAAUCAUUUCAGAACAAGCAGACGUCAGCCAGGCCAACCAGCUGUCCAACAAUGAUGAACUUAGGUUAGGGUUUGUGGACCCACAUUCUGAUUCUCUGAAAUUUAACGCCCAGUUUGAAUGUGGAAAUUUACGUAAAGUUGUUCAAGUUCGCCAAUUUGAAUAUGAUUUGAUCUUGAGCCCAGACAUCAACUCUAACCAUCACCAUCAAUGGUUCUACUUUGAAAUCAGCAACAUGAGGAAAGAUCAAAGCUACCGGUUUAACAUUGUCAACUGUGAAAAGCUAAACAGUCAGUUUAACUUUGGCAUGCAGCCAUUGUUGAUGUCUGUGAUGGAAGCUUUAGAGGGCAACCCAUGUUGGGCUAGAGUGGGCUAUGACAUCUGCUAUUACAGAAACCACUUUCUGCGCAAUGCCACCACCACUGGAGGUGUUCAGGGAAAAUCUUACUACACAGCAACAUUCAGCCUUGUCUUCCCUAACACUGGGGACAUCUGCUACCUGAGUUACCACUACCCAUAUACAUACACAGCUUUAAAGACACAUUUAAAGCAAUGGGAGAACCACUUUGAUGCCAGCCAAAUAUUUUACCGCCAACAAACUCUGUGCACCACCUUAGGAGGUAAUGAUGUUCCAGUUCUGACCAUCACAGCACAGCCACACAGCUUGGACGCAGAGGGACUAGAAGAGUUCAGAAGUCGACCAUACAUUUUUUUAACCAGUCGCGUCCAUCCAGGAGAGAGCAAUGCCAGCUGGGUCAUGAAAGGAACAAUAGAUUUUUUACUGAGCAAAAAAGGGCAAGAUGUGAGAGAAAAUUUUAUUUUCAAGAUUGUUCCAAUGUUAAACCCUGAUGGCGUUAUAAAUGGAAGCCAUCGCUCAUCUCUGGUUGGAGAAGAUUUGAACCGCAGAUGGGGUAAGCCGUGUUCUAUACUGCACCCAACAAUCUAUCACACAAAAGGUCUUCUCCAGUAUCUCAGUGCUAUCAACAAACCCCCAUUGAUAUACUGUGAUUACCACGGGCACUCGAGAAGAAAAAAUAUCUUUAUGUAUGGCUGCAGCCCCCACCAGACCUGGCAACCUAAUGAAUCUAAUGCUGGCAGUAAGGCCAGUGACCAGUGCUACAAGCAGCUACCGCGUCUUCUUCAAGGCAGUUGUCCCUCUUUUUCCCUACAAAACUGUAGCUUUGUAGUUGAAAAGGUGAAGGAAAGCACAGCAAGGGUGGUGGUCUGGAGACAGAUUGGUGUCUCGAGGUCCUAUACUAUGGAAGCCAGUUACUGCGGAUGUGAUCAAGGCAAAUAUAAAGAUAUGCAAAUGAACACUGAAAUGCUUGAAGAAAUGGGCCAGAAAUUGUGUGAAACUUUGAACCAGUUGCCCCGGCUUAGAGGUGAACAACAAAUGCCUGCACUGGACUCAGCUUCUUUUAUAGGGACAUCUGAAGAUCCUUGUGAUGAACAAUUUGGCAGCAGUUCAUCAUCACUAAAGAAAAAAAGUGUGAUGGAUUCAGAUGAAGAUGAUUCUGUAGAAGAAUGUGAUGAAGAAUUUGAUGAAGAUGGAUGACAAUCUAGUGUCUCCAUCAAAGCAGUGUUUUAUUAUUUAUUUUAAAAAAAGCAAAAUUGAUGUUUUGUUUUCUUCUAGAUUCCACUGUAGCUCUUAAUCUAGAAAGUCUUCAGUCAGUCAUACAAAGUAUAACUUUAAUUACACUAACUUUUAUUCUAGAAAUUAUUCAGUCACACAUAGUAUAACUUUAACAAUUGUAACUCUUAAUCUAGAAAUCAUUCAGUCUGUCCUAUAAAGUAUAGCUUAAAUAAUUACUGAAUCAUAUCAAACUUCAAAUAAAGAUAAUUUCUAAGUUCUAGAAAUAGUCUACAAAAUUACUAAUAGUUCUAGUUUUGUUAAUGAGCUUGUAAAAAUUACCGGUAUACAUGAAUUUUUUAGUUGUUUGGACAGUUGCUCAACAUAUCUUUUGUUAACUUGGUAUACUCGUGUAUUAAGGAAGUUAUAUGACAAUAUGACAUGACAAGGAAUUUUAAAAAUUAAAAACAAAAUAAAAAACUUAAUUUUAAAAAUGUGUGUUGUUAUACAGAGGAAACUACCUGAAUUAAAUACAUUAUA